AUGACUGACCAAGUAGCGGAACAAGUUAAAAACUUGUCUGUUGAUGAAGCUCCAAAGAAACAAAAGAAAUCCAAGCAACAACAACUAUACUUAGAUCCAGAACCACAAUUCAUUGAAGAAAGAAUCCAAUUAUUCGAAACUUUGAAAAAACAAUAUGAUGAAAAAGUCGCAUCCAUGAAACGUGUCCCAUUGAAGAUCGUCCUUAAGGAUGGUGCCGUCAAGGAAGCUACCUCUUGGGAAACCACACCAAUGGAUAUCGCUCGCGGUAUCUCCAAAUCAUUAGCUGAUAACGUAUGUAUCGCUAAAGUUAAUGGCCAAUUAUGGGAUUUGGAUAGACCAUUCGAAGGUGACGUUGCUGAUGAAGAAAUUAAAUUGCAAUUAUUGGAUUUUGAUUCUGAUGAAGGUAAGAAAGUUUUCUGGCAUUCAUCCGCUCACGUUCUUGGUGAAGCUUGUGAAUGUAAUUUAGGUGCUCAUAUUUGUCUUGGUCCUCCAACUGAUGACGGGUUCUUUUAUGAGUUCGCUGUCAGAGAUAGUUUGAAAGAUCCAAAAGAAUGUGAAGAAAGAACCGUUUCUCAAGCAGAUUUCCCUAAUUUAGAAGGUGUCGCUAAGAAUGUUAUUAAGCAAAAGCAAAAAUUCGAAAGAUUAGUGAUGACUAAGGAAGACUUGUUAAAGAUGUUUCAUUAUUCUAAAUAUAAAACAUAUUUGGUUCAAACCAAAAUCCCAGAUGGUGGUUCCACUACCGUUUACCGUUGUGGUAAAUUGAUCGAUUUAUGUGUUGGUCCACAUAUCCCACAUACUGGCCGUAUUAAGGCUUUCAAAUUAUUAAAGAACUCUUCCUGUUAUUUCUUAGGAGAAGCUGACAAUGAUUCUUUACAAAGAGUUUAUGGUGUUUCUUUCCCAGAUAAGAAAUUAAUGGAUGCUCAUUUGAAAUUCUUGGCUGAAGCUUCCAUGAGAGAUCAUAGAAAACUUGGUAGAGAACAAGAAUUGUUCAUAUUUAACGAAAUGUCUCCGGGUUCUGCCUUCUGGUUACCUCACGGUACUAGAAUUUACAACACAUUAGUUGAUUUAUUGAGGACUGAAUACCGUAAGAGAGGUUACGAUGAAGUUAUCACUCCAAAUAUGUUUAAUUCUAAAUUAUGGGAAACUUCCGGUCAUUGGGCUAACUAUAAAGAAAAUAUGUUCAGUUUUGAGGUCGAAAAGGAAACUUUCGGUUUGAAACCAAUGAAUUGUCCGGGUCAUUGUUUAAUGUUCAAGUCAAGAGAACGUUCCUAUAGAGAAUUACCAUGGAGAGUUGCCGAUUUUGGUGUCAUCCAUAGAAACGAAUUCUCAGGUGCUUUAUCUGGUUUGACUCGUGUUAGAAGAUUCCAACAAGAUGAUGCUCAUAUUUUCUGUACAUCUGAUCAAAUUGAAAGCGAAAUUGAAAACAUUUUCGAUUUCUUGAAAUUUGUUUACGGUGUCUUUGGUUUCGAAUUUAAAAUGGAAUUAUCAACAAGACCUGAAAAAUACGUUGGUGAAAUUGAAACAUGGAAUGGUGCUGAAGCUAAACUAGAAUCAGCUUUGAAGAAAUGGGGUGGUAAUUGGGAAGUUAACCCCGGUGAUGGUGCCUUCUAUGGUCCAAAAAUUGAUAUUAUGAUUUCCGAUGCGCUAAGAAGAUGGCAUCAAUGUGCUACCAUCCAAUUAGAUUUCCAACUACCAAGUAGAUUCGAAUUGGAAUUCAAGUCUAAGGAUGGUAAGUCUGAAGAUGGUAAAGAUUUAGAAGGUUAUGAAAGACCAGUCAUGAUUCAUCGUGCUAUCUUGGGUUCCGUUGAAAGAAUGACUGCUAUCUUAACUGAACAUUUUGCUGGUAAAUGGCCAUUCUGGUUAUCUCCACGUCAAGUUCUUGUUGUUCCAGUCGGUGUUAAAUACCAAGAUUACGCUCAAGAGGUUCGUGAUCAAUUACAUAAUGCUGGUUUCUACGCCGAUGUUGAUUUAACUGGUAACACCUUACAAAAGAAGGUUAGAAACGGUCAAAUGUUGAAAUAUAAUUUCAUUUUUAUCGUAGGUGAACAAGAAAUGAACGAAAAAUCCGUUAAUAUUAGAAACAGAGAUAUUAUGGAACAACAAGGGAAGAAUGCUACGGUUGUUGUAUCUACUGUUAUCGAACAAUUAAAGGAUUUGAAAGAGUCAAAAAGAGGUGACAAUGCAUUGAUCUAG